UACUACAAAAUCAAUUUUUCAAAUAAAAUGAAAGGAAAAUAAACUCGAGGAAACAAGUGAAAAUUGCAAAAUUAAAAGGUUCAUACUUUUUAAACGUAUUCAAAACCACCAAAAUGAUGACUUAAACCUUUCUCCUAAUUUCAUGUUUAUUAUAUCAUAUUUUAUAUGAACUAAAAUCCUUGUCAUUGAUUUCAAAAAGUGAUGAAUUUGGUAUCGAAUGGCCCUGAAUGCUUUUCAUUCACCCUAUAUAUGUACAUACAAUAGAAGCAGUAUAUUGUACUGUCCUAAUGUCAUAUGGCACUUGAAUAUGUAUUCGCUUUGUAAAAAGAAUAUUCUGAGUGGGAGGAAUGGUUGGGUAAUAUUUGGUUUCCAGCAAAUUUACUCAACAGCAUACUUGUGUAUCUAAGAAAGAAUCAGUUCAACUUUAUUAGUGAAGGAGUUCAGUUAUAAGGGAACUUAAAAUGGUUUCAAAAAGAAGAAUUCAUUCUCCUGUGCUGUUUUUCUAUUUCUUACAAAUAUUACAUCUAAAUACAUCAACUAUAUUGGGAAGUUGCCCAAUGUUAAAUAAUAGCAUUUCUAUGACACAAUCUGAGCUCCUACAAGUAUUAACUGAUGACUGUCGUUAUGACAAAAUGGUGAGGCCUCCAGGAGAAGUCAAUACCACUGAUCCAAUUAAUGUGUACACCAGUGCUUACAUUUAUACAAUUAAAUCAAAUAUGGUCAAAACCCUGCAGUUUGAUGUGCACAUGAUGUUACAAUUUAGGUAUUUGGAUAAAAGGUUAAAAUUUUCACAUAUUGUUCCAAACUUAAGUCAGAUACACGGCGGACAAUUUGCACAUGACUUAAUUUGGACGCCUAAUGUAUAUGUUUCCAAUGAACCCAGUUCAGCUAUAAUGGGAAAUGGUGUUAAAGACAUACUUAUUUCUAUAAAUCCAGCAGGCAUGGUUAUAUUAAAUACUAGGUUGCAAGCAACUCUUAACUGUGGGCUUCGUUUGGAGAAGUUUCCAUUUGAUGUACAAGAAUGUCCACUUAUUUUUGAAAGCUGGACACACAAUGUGCUUGACAUGGUAUUGUAUUGGGAUGACGAGCCAAUUGUACUUGCAGAUGAAUUACAUUUAACUGAAUACAAGCUUGUGGACAAAUGGGUUAAUAUGACAGAAACAUUUUAUACUACAUCGCAACAACAUUAUGGUCAUUUUGCUGGAAAUUUCAGUUCUCUUACUAUAACGUUUAAAUUAGCACGUGAAAUGGGAUUCUUUAUGAUGGACUAUUACAUACCAUCUAUAUUAAUCGUGGUGAUUUCUUGGGUUUCUUUCUGGCUGCAUAUGGAUGCAAGUCCGCCACGAAUAGUAUUAGGAACAAACACUAUUUUGACGUUUAUGACUCUUGCAUCAAAAGUCGAAAAUUCCUUACCAAAAGUUUCUUACAUAAAAGCCAGUGAAAUAUGGUUUCUAGGUUGUACUAUAUUUUUGUUUGCAGCAAUGGUUGAAUUUGCUUUUGUUAAUACAAUUUAUCGACGAAAGAAAAAUGUGCCAUUAAAAAAAGUUAAUAGUAAAUACAUAUUAAAAUCAACAUUAACACCAAAACUAGCACGGAAACAAUUUCAGAAAAAUACUACAGGACUAGAAAGAUCUCGUUCUUGGUCAUCGCUUGAAAAUACAACUAUUAGUGAUCAAGAUUAUUCAAGUCAAAAUUAUCUCACCGUACAUAGUUUUCCAAGUAAUCUCAAUAUUCCAUCUGUAAAGAUUGAGGAGGACAAAGACCAAGAAUGUUCAAGAAAAAGUAUUGCGACUAUUAGCAGUACACCGCUACCAAAACCAUUCCCGCGAAGAGCAACCCUUGCCCAUUUACAUAAUUUUACAACAAUGACGCCGCAAGAAAUUGCUCAGUGGAUCGAUAGACGCAGUAGAAUUGUAUUUCCUGUAGCUUUUAUCAUAUUUAACAUCCUUUAUUGGUCUUUUAUUUGGAUAUAAAAAUUUCAUAGUUAAAUUAAGUAUAUUUAAAGAGUAUCUAAGAAUUUAAAUUUUUUGAUUACAUUUAUUUUUACGAUAUAAAACAAUCUCAAAUACAUAAAUUAUUUUAGAAAAGAAAAUAAGAUCUUUUAGCACUAUACUAUCUGAUACCUUUUUCUUAAAAUACAGGAUGUUUCAUGCAACUGGGACAAGCUCUAGCUUUAAAACGGUAAAAGACAAAAAGAUUGGUACCGGAAAUGGACAUAUUUUAAAGAUUUCAUUUUUUUUUCUAAGUGCUUUUUUAUUCUUCACAAAAAUAUAUUAAGAUAAUUGACUCGAAAACUGAUUAAUUUAAAAGAUACCUUAGGGAGAGACCACUAGGCUCUCCUUGUUUCUCCCUAAGAUAUCAUUUGAACUCAAAUACCUUAAUAUUUUUAUAUUUUUAAAAAACGCUUCUAAUGAUGUACAACAAAAUACACAAUCCUGUUAAAAAAAAAUGAAAUACCUUUUUUAAAAUCUUUGAAAAGUCUCCACUUCCGGUGUCGACACACAUACAUGGACUUCAUUUGACGCUAUUUCAUUUUUCCCUAUGACAUUCUUUUCUACCAUUUAUCGUUUUAAAAUUACACAUUGCCCCAUUUGCAUGGAACACCGUGUAUAUUAAAAACAUAUGCAGAUAUGAUAUACUGAUUUAUAAAAGAAAUAUAAAAAAUGUGUAUACAUAUACACAUGUUCAUAUACAUUGUAAUCAGGUUGAAAUAUAUUUUAUGAGCGGCAAAUAUAUUUUUACACUAAAAUAUUUUAUAUUAUAUAUUUUAUAUUUUAUAUACAUAGCAAAUAAAUUCUCUAUUAAUUUGAA